AUGGCCACUUUUCGACUACUACAUCAGCUACCAGAGGAGCUGAGACAGGAUGUGAUCGAGCGGCUACACCGAGCAGAUCUUCUGAACCUCGAAGUCACCUCCAAAUGGGGUUACGAUGUCGCUUCUCCUCUGCUCUGGCGGGAAGUGCUAUUGACAGACUGCCGCACUGAGCAUGAGGAUGCUGUGGACGAUCAUGAUGAUACGCCUAUGAUUAAGGUGCUGCUUACUUUGAUUCGACGACCCGGACUUGCCACUUACGUGCAAACGUUGACCCAUCGCUGUCAUCUGCCUCCUCCAGAGAUCUUUCGGGAACUUCCACGGAUGCCCUUGAGCUCCCAGACGCUAUCAUGCGACCAACGGACGAUAGGCCUCAUCAAGCUGGCGGUGAAGAACCUCACGAAUGUCAGCACGCUCCGCAUCAUCCUUGGUCAUCCAAGUAUAAACGAUACACUGUUGAGAUGUUUCUUCGACGAGCAGAGGACAAAAGAAAGUCCCCUCAGACGAUUAUGGCUCGAGAACUGUCGGAUCAAUACUGGAUGCGAUUCCAGAUUAGUUUAUCACAUACAAAAUCUGCCGCUACGACUCAACUUCAGUGACCUGGAAAGUGUACGUUUCCGACGUUUGCCUCUACGUCCCGGUCUACCUCAGUCGACAGGUCGGUCGGAUAUGGAUAUAGUACAUGCACGACCAUCACAUCAUAUCGAUCGGCAGAGCUCCACACUGUUACAAGACGGUGCUGGCUCCGGAUACUUUACAUCGACCACCAACGUCGAGGAAGAACAAGAGGCUGGAAGUAGACAUGAAGUGUGGCUUGCGGCACAACAGAGUGGCACAACGACGAAUCCUGUAUCUCCGCUUUCUCAACUAUUCAUGAUCGCAAAUCUGUUCGAGCAACGGACCUAUGAUGCAUUGAUGCCGGAACUGGGAAAGGAUGAGACAGACCUAUUACGCCAGAACACGCCACCUUCCACAACGAACCGCUCCCAGAUAGCAUACCGGGGAGCGCUCCUAGAUCCCAGCAAGCUUGACGAUGACGGAAAUGCUCGCGUACAUAAGCCAUGUCAGCGAGAGAGACUUCCCUCUUGUCUCGUUGCUUUCCAAAUGCUUCAAAGUGCGAGUUCGACCUUGACUUCUCUGUGUUUGGACUGGGUGUUCACAAGACCAGCUACGGUAGAUUACCUCCACAGCAGUGAGGAGCAGCAAGCCUGGAUGGGUACAUUCGUGCUGCUCUUCAGCCUUCGCUUUCCCAGAUUAAGAGCGUUUCAGCUCCGCAGUGCUAUUGUACCUGACACACAACUACCUGAUGGGCUUUAUUUACUUGAUCGGUCGCAUAUUAGUGCUGGCAACAUCCAUUUAGACGAUUACGAUGAUAUUCGUUUUGCUGGGAGGAUCACAGAAGAUCUGAGUCUAAUGUGUCUUGAGUUUAUGGAGGCUCACCAAAAUUUAGAAUGUCUUGCGUGGCCUAUGGAUCACUUCUUCGCGCCUGGUGUCCUUCCCAGGGACAUCUCUGACAGAGUAGAGGCAGUCAUGAAUAAUCUGGGCCGUACGCUCGGGGACCUACGAGUAGAUGCGAUGUAUUCUACAAGAGGUGGCCUCGAUGAUUUCGACAUCUCAUGGACAGGUGGUGGUGAGCCAAUGACACAUCACUCUCAUCACGGCUUUCUCAGCCGGAGAGCCAGCAGACGGAACUUCAUUGAACGUUUUGCUCCGAAGAUGAGACAGGUUCGGAUGAUCAAGAUGGAAGGAGCUAUACCACGCGAUGAGCGACGCGAGGUUAUUCGAGCCUUACAUGCUUGUACCAUCGAGAAGCUGGUCAUGAUAGGUGUAUGUAGCUCACUGGGCAAUACUUGGGGAGCUGACGGCCUCGAUCUCGGCGAGUCACUUGACAAUGACGAAGUCGAAGGUCUGGAGACUGAGGAUAAGGAGGCAGUAUGGAGACUCGGGCCCCAAAAACCUGAGCCCCCUCCAGACAGCUUUCGUUUCGAAGCAGAAUAUGGCUGGCCGCCAGGUGCUCCUAUGCUGAACACUAUCGCCAGCUUCCACGCCGACACGAUCACGGAGCUCAAGUUCUGCGGCUGGAAAGGAUCGCCUGCGUUGUUCACACCAACGCCAAUCACGAUGCCACUUCUCAGCGCCAUGAAGCACUUUCACAACCUCAAGUCGCUGGUCAUGAGUUUGUGGUUGUCUACGACAUAUGAGCAAUCACCGCGAGACGCAGACAUAAUCUCGUACUGGGCGAAUAGCCGCUCACCAACGUCCACAGCACUCGUACGUAUAUCAGACGAAGAGCCUGAAGGCUGGGAGAAGGAGCUGAAAACGAAGUUUGCGCCAGAUGCUUUGGCGUGGAGAGUCACGAGCUUUCUCGGGCCUUUACUUAGCGAUCGUGCGAAGUCACGAAACGGUGGCGUGCAUGUUCGAGCAGGCUUCUGUGUUGGUGACUGGGACGGCAUCUUCGAUCUGGAUAUGGCCAUUGGUAAGGGAAGUCUGGCGGACGUGUGUCUCGGCUUCGAUGGGCCACGUCCGGAAAUAGAUGAAGUGAGGCGAAGGAGCAAGCUCGUCAAUAGGCGAUGGUUUUGA